UUCCCCAGUCUCUUUCCUCCCCCCUUCCCCCACUUGUCCGUAGUGCCAGGAUGCUCUGCCAGCCACUCCUCUCCCUGCCUACUGCUAGCCAGGUGCUCCCUCCCUCCUUCCCUCCCUCUCUUUCUCCCCUGGGCCCUGAUCCCCACCCGGGACCAAGGACUUCCAACAAGUGAGCCGCCCCAUGGACAGGGGCCCCACCGAGUCACCAGAAAGCCACAAGGGGGCCUGAAACUGCCAAGAAGACCCAUACCUAUUGAAGUGAUCCCUUGUAAGAUCUGUGGGGACAAAUCUUCUGGGAUCCAUUAUGGGGUCAUCACCUGCGAAGGGUGCAAGGGUUUCUUUCGUCGGAGCCAGCAAUGUAAUGUAGCAUACUCCUGUACCCGACAGCAAAGCUGCCCUAUAGACCGCACCAGCCGGAACCGCUGUCAACACUGUCGCCUGCAGAAAUGCCUGGCAUUGGGCAUGUCCCGGGAUGCUGUCAAGUUUGGUCGAAUGUCCAAGAAGCAGAGGGACAGUUUGCACGCCGAGGUGCAGAAGCAACUGCAGCAGCAGCAGCAACAGCAGCAACAAGUGGCCACUCCACCCCCUGCAGGGACCAGAGGGGCGGACACCCCUGCCUAUACUCUUGCCCUCCCCAGUGGGCAGCUGCCCCUGGGCUCCUCCCCUGACCUGCCUGAGGCCUCUGCCUGCCCCCCGGCCCUCCUUAGCGUGCCAGGGCCUGGACCCUCCUACCCUAAUAGUCUGGCCAAAAUAGGGCUGCCCGGGGUUGUGUACUCCCGGGGGUACAGUCCAGACCGGGCAAAGGCUGAGGUCGGCAGAGCUUUCUAUGGCUUGGGCAGCCAGCUGUCCCCUGACAGGUGUGAGCUCCUCAUUGGGGAACCCCGACAUCUGGUGCUGGGGGAGCCAAGCCAGGGGAGGGACUUGUACGGCAGUCCCAGCUUCCGCCUCGAGCUCCCCAACGCCUCCCUGACUGAGAUUGAACACUUGGUCCAAAAUGUUUGUAAGUCCUAUCAAGAGACAUGUCAGCUUCGCCUGGAGGACUUGCAGCGGCAACGUUCCAACGUCUUCUCCCGGGAAGAGGUGACCAACUACCAAAGAAAGUCAAUGUGGGAGAUGUGGGAACGCUGCGCCCAUCGGCUCACCGAGGCCAUCCAGUACGUGGUGGAAUUCGCCAAAAGGCUAGCCGGCUUCAUGGAGCUGUGUCAGAAUGACCAGAUUGUGCUGCUGAAAGCAGGAGCCAUGGAGGUGGUUCUGGUGAGGAUGUGCCGGGCCUACAAUGCUGACAACCGCACAGUCUUCUUUGAGGGCAAAUACGGAGGCAUGGACCUGUUCAGAGCCUUGGGUUGCAGUGAACUCAUUGGUUCCAUCUUUGACUUCUCCCACUCCCUGUGUGCUCUGCAUUUCUCCGACGAUGAGAUUGCUCUCUACACAGCCCUCGUUCUCAUCAAUGCCAACAGGCCAUGGUUACAAGAGAAAAGGAAAGUGGAGCAGUUGCAACACAACUUGGAGCUGGCAUUUCACCACCUCCUGUGCAAGACUCACCGUCAGAGCAUCCUGGCUAAGCUGCCACCCAAGGGGAAGCUUCGGAGCCUAUGUAGCCAGCACAUGGAGAAGUUACAAUCCUUCCAACACCUCCAUCCUGUCGUGGUCCAAGCUGCCUUCCCUCCCCUCUACAAGGAACUCUUCAGUACUGAAACUGAGCCCCCCGGAGUGCUAUCUGACUGAGCUGAAGGCCAGUUCUCCUCCCCACCAGUCUCCUCAAGCCCUCCACAGCUGUCUCUCCACUGCCCAGCCAUUAUCUGCUUUCUCCGCCCUGCCCCCCACUCUUUUCCCAUGGCCUCCAGAAGUGGCGAGGGAUAAGUAUUCAGGCCAGGUGACUGAAUACAUUCCCUGGAGGGGGUCAUCUUUACUGACCAGUCUGGCAGUAGAAUAGAUGGCUAGAGGGAAGAGAUGCUGGGAUCUCACCAGCUACAGCUUUAUGAUGCUUCAUUUCCCCUCAUCCCUCUAAGCUUCUGUGAAGCCUCAGGAGGAGGCAGUGGAUAUGGGGCAGAGGGGGAAAUCGAUGCAACAAAGAAACUCGGGCCACACUGGACAAAUUCCAAUUCUAAGCUCUGAACCCAAGAGGGGAUUUUUGAAAUACCUCAUUUCAUUUCCCAAAGGGCUGUGGCCAGGGAAGUUAGAUCAAGCUCAGAGACAAGAGUUCAAGCCCUGAAGGAACUGUUCAUUUUAUACAUCACCCAGAAGUUCAUCUUUUCAUCCUUUUCUUCCAAGUUAUGAUAGAAAAUGAAUGGUCACAUUUCUUCACUGCCUUCUCAGGGGGGCUUAGGAGAAACUAACUGUGUUAAUGGUGUGGGUAGGGGUGGAGAAGGGAGGAUUAGAGAUAACAACUGCAAGAGUUCAGUGUGUAGGAGUGAUGGGGAACAAGACAAAAGUCACAUGCACUUUAUACAUGGGAUACAGGAAUUGGUGUACAAACAUAAUCACAAAUUAUGUAAGUGUUCAUACAAAGGAAAGACACUUAUAGAUGCAUAAACAAGGUCUUAAUCAAAUCCACAAUCAUACCCAUAUGGUGCUCCAGGAAGAAAUCCCUAGUCCUGAGGAUGACGACGAUGAUGGACUUCUGAAUUCCACUGUCCUUGAGAACUCCUGCCUUUGGUCUGGGAUGCUGCCACUUCUCAGCAUAGUGUCAGCAGCACUUGGCCACCAUACCUCAUGGCAUAAACAUGAGUAACAAUAGCCGGGCACAGACCAAGGAGACAACUGAAAUAGAUGACACCAUCUCCAUGUCCUCAAAGGAUCCCUUCUGCCCCACCCACCAGACUUGCUUCCUUGUUCUGGGGAGAGGAAGAUGACACACUGCCAUACAUUCUGUGAAAUGUCAGUUCUGGGAUCACAGACUCUGGGUGGGCAGGGGAGAGGGGAUGAAGGCAGCCCUCAAAUACCCCCCCCCAAAAAAACCCUCUAUGCUGCCUCUGCACUUUUUUCAACCUUACAAACAGCUAUUGUCCUACUUUGGUGGUGUAGGGCAGUUGGAGGGGGUGAUGGAAGCUGCAAGUCUCAUUACUUUUACUCUCUGGGGAAAGGUAACAAGGGAAAACUCAAUUCUAGAUUGGUGUCAUUCUCUGUAAGGUGAUUUUAAAGGAUAUGGGGAGGGAGGACAGAGCCGGAAAUGCAAUAGCGGUCGGUGAGAAAAUCAAGAACGUUUGAGCUACUAUUGGCUAAAGUUAAACAAGGUUACCCAGAUGACCUGAUUGAUAUCAUUCCUGCGCUGGAGAAAACCAUCGGCACCAGAAUCGCUGCUCACCGUGGUGGGGAUAGAGGUUUGGGUCCUGGUCUUAGAGUAAGAAAUACAGUUUAAAUCCUGUCUCAGGCACUUAUCUGGGAUGAAGUUGCUGGGUCUGGGCCUGGGCUUCCUCUCUAAAAUGAAGGGGUUGCAUUUGUCCUUUUUAGGAUCUUCCUGCUCUGAAUCAACAGUCCUAUGAGCCAAUCUCCCACUAGCUCUUUGGAUCGAGCCGCUUCACGGAGGGGCCCAAAACAAAAGGGUCACAGUUUCUUCAUUUGUAAAACUUGAGUGUUGAACUAGAUGAUUUCUGACAA